CAGAGCGUCCCGCACUCAAAGGUCUUUUUUGACGUUUCUUGUACCGUGAUUGAGUGAAUAUUUCGAUAUAUCGGCGGCAUGCUGACAGUGACAGAUCAACUAGUCCUAACAACAGUAACAAAUUUAUUGAUUUUAUAAAAUUGUUAUUUUUCUUUUUUUCUUCAGGAUAGUAAAUAAACGAAUAAAUGUAUAUGGCUUACAAAAGUAAUAUGGGAAGUACCGUGAGUACUCCAAACUCUUCGGUCGUUUCGACGAAAUCUACGGAAUGUAAAGAAGACACACCGAAGUUACAGAAACCUCCGCUACCUCCAAAACCAUCACCUGAAUCACAACAAAGUCAAGGACCUAAAGACCUCAUGAUCAGCUAUAGUCAUGCUGAUACACCAUUUAUGAAAAAACUUAGAGAGAAAUUAGAAGAAAGUGGAAUAAGUGUUUGGGUUGAUAUAGCUGGUUUACAAGCAGGUGUGGAUUUCCUUAAUAAAAUCGGACAGGCCAUCAUUGAUUCCAAGUUGUUUAUUUCCAUCGUGAGUUCAGCGUCCGUUAAAUCAAAAUAUUGUAAAGAUGAGCUCGCUCUUGCAUAUAUAUCAUCAUCAUCUAUAUUCCCCAUCGCGCUAGAGAAACAAGAAAGUUUAUAUCCAUUGAUGGACACAGGAAUGAAGUUACAGUUAGCAAGUUAUAAAUGGAGUAAUUUCGUUGAUGAAGAUAAAUUUGAAGAAAGUUUUAGCGAAUUGUUAUCCAUGUUACAGUCUGAAUUAAAACAGAGAGCUGAAGAUGACGAAAGCAAGGCAGAUAACUCAGGUAGCCCUGAUAAAAAGAAAGAGUUUAAAAGGUCAAUGUCACGUAAAAAUAUUUACCGUAAAGCACCAAAUUAUAAUCGCUCGUUUGAAGAUAACGCAACUGAACUUCUGCCAACUAAAUUCUGGAAGGACAGGUUUAAUAAAGAUCAGGUAGAUUGGAACAAAUUUGUCGAUGCCCUUACCAAAACAUUUGCAUUUCCAAUGAAGAAACUUUUUUCUGAUCCAGAAGAAGAAAAAUGGUUGAUGGAUGUGUUAUUUCGUGAGAUGGAAGUUGGAGACGACAAUAUUUUACAUUUUGAUAUAUUUGAAAGUUUUUGUGUGGUUGAUGAUGAAGAACAGCCUCUAUGGAAGAGAAUCGAAGACCAGGCUCGUGAAAGUUACGCCAUGAAGGAAGUAUUUGACAUGGACUCUUCCGUACGAGUUGAAGCCAUUGAAAAUCUUGCCAAAUAUCGAAGUGCUCCCGUUAUUCAGGCUUUACAAGAUUUAUUGACAGACCCAGACGCAAAUGUACGAGCUGUAGCAGCUAUUUCAUUGGCUAGAACAGAAGCAAAUGAUGACCAAUCACUAAACAAACUAUUGAGAACUUUGAUGGAUAAAGACAGAUUGGUUCGCGAGGCUGGAUGUCUGGCACUGGGACAUCUUCAUGCAGAACAAGCCGUUAAAAAGCUACUUCAUAUGUGGCGUAAUGAUGUUAUUUCUCACGUCCGUGAAGCAGCAGCUGUAGCCUUACAACAGAUAGGGGGUGUAGAAGUUGAACAAGCAAUGCACGUCACUAAAGUUUUAGCUGAUGAGAUUAGACAACUUACGGAAGAUAAUCCAUAAAUAUCUUCAUUGUUUUUGUAAAAGAAAAAUAGGCAAAUUUUGGUUGAUGAUCUCAAAAGAACAGAACCCUUUUUCAUUUGAGCCUAACUCAAAUCAGGAUUUGGAAACAAGUUAAAUUAAAUCUAUAUUUUUCUUUUGUUUACUCUUCCUCAAUUUUGUCUGAAAGUAUUUCCGUAUCAACCUAACAAUGAGAAUCUGUGAUACAGAAGAUUUCACAAAAUCUUUUCAAAGACCUUGAGUAUUGAGAUAUUUGUUUGCUUGUCUAUUUUUCUUAACCUUGUAUUUACAUGUACAUGUUGAUGAAGUGAGGUUGUACGUGACAAGGAGUAGGGUCGCCUGUCCAACUUUGUGGGUUUUCUCUGGGUCCUCCGGUUUCCUCCCACUGCUAAAGACCCCUACGCGCAAGCGAAUUAUAGAAAUAAAAUUAAACCAUAUGUCCCGAAAUGACCUACUUUGUGUCGAGUGGACGUUAAACCCCAUUUCUCUCUCUCUCUCUUGAUGAAGUGACCAUACAAAUAAACAAAUAACAACAUCUGAUUGUAAUUAGGUAGGUAACGAUUUUCUUGAUGUUGUGCCUGACCUUUUAAAAUUCAUGAAAUCAAAUCAACACUAUUCUUUUUGACCCAAAUAAGAGAGUUCUGUUGUUUUAAUCACCAUUGAAGUCUGAAGUCGUAUUAAGUGAUAAUUUGUUUAAAAGACGUAUGUGAUGUGAUGUGUGUUAUAUGUUGAAUAGAAAUUGUGAUUUGAGGCGAAGAAAGUCUUGAAUCCACCUUUAUAUUGAUCGAUCAAAACCUGAAAAUUACUAAAAAAUUAAUAUUGAGGUGGAUUUAGUCUGACUAUAUGUAUAUAGUAGUGAAAUAUGAUAGUCUUAAAGAUGCCUUCCCACGUACAAACUGGGUAAUUUUAUGAUAUGUUUGGACUAAAAACAUAUUCAAACUAUUGUAUUUAUCAAACGUGUUCCUCUUAAAUUUGUCAUGUGUGUACAUGCCUCAUGCUUGUUUUUUGGGGAAUCCAGCCCCCCGAGUUCACAGGGGUCAAUAUAUUCUUGCAGUUUUGGGUGUCUCUACUGUAUACUUUAAUUGGAAAUAACUACCCUAUGAAUACCUUCGUGGGAAUGUAUCUUUAAUUAAUAGUAUUAAAUCUUUCAGGAUUAUUUAAUAGCCAAAUAUAAUUAAAUACAUACGUGCCAUGACAAAUAGAUAUAUACCGGUAGUCAUGUAGUGUAGUGCACCUUUAUUUAAACUCCAGUCAUAGAUCUGCACACAUAUAAAAACCAAAUAAACACUGUGAUUGUUCAAUCUGAUUUAAAUACAGAUCUAUAUUUCGUUUCGUUUUUUUAUAUGGCCUGCACUACAUGAAGAUCUGACAAGUUUUACUUGAAGGUCGUGUCAGGGGUCCUACGAGCGCCUUUUGACCUCUCAUCAAAACAAUCAGCGUCCACGUUUUUAUGUAGUUUACCCACAGUUCCGUGCAUGGCACGUCAAGAAGUCGCUGUAACAGACCAUUUCAUUGGCCGAUGAGAUCCUAAUUGGAUUGAAAGUACUAGAGCAAGAAGAGUCUUGUUUUGUUUCUCAAAUUGUGAUUUUUAUGUAUAUUAUAUAUAUUUAUAGGCGUGUAUCUGCAGGGUUAUAAAUAACUAUCAGUUUUCAGUUAAUGACUUUGAGGGUUGGGAUGACCUAAUGGUCUAGAGUGUUGCGCUUCGACCUCUAGCUGGCCGUUCAACUCUGGCUUGCGGUUGUGGUUUCCAUCCCGGGUGAGAGCGUAUUUGGCUUGGAGAUACGAGCGCCUUCUCAACCUUGUGGGAGUGUUCUGCUUUCCUCCCAUAGGAAAGAUCCUUGCACGUGUGCUAAGAUAUUAAAAAUGAAAAUAAGACAACUUGUCUGUGAUAUCAUCUUCGGUGGAAGCGGACGUUAAACACUAUGAUCAACGGUUAAUAACAUCUGGGUCAGUGGGGGUGUAUUGAAGAUGAAAUGAGAUGGGGGGGGGGGGUAACCAGCAGUGAACCCGCGACCUCCAUGCUAACGAGCCAGCAUCUUAUUCACUUAGCUACCAUGGGUCCCUCUAUAGUACUAAGAAUCUUUAAGACUAAUAUAUAUAUAUUCCUAUCUGCGGUACCAAGAAUCUCACUUAAAUUAUUCCCUUGGCAGAUGGAAUUCGAUAUAAGAGUAGGUCAUAGUGCUGCUGUCCAGGCAAAAUGUUCCUGUAAGACGUAUGCCCGUCUUCAUCAGCCCAGUUCGGAGCAGAACAGUAGAAUGUUAAACCCCAUCUCAUUUAAUUUCACAAAUAUUGUUUAUUUUUUUGUAAUUUUCUAUAAUUUAAAAUAACUUUGAAAGUCACUUCGUGAAAUACUCAGCUAAAUUGGUGUCUGGUGAUAUUCAUACAAAAACAGAGAAAUUUGGGUACCUGCCCCUGUACACCUGUAAAAUCUAACAGUCCUCACCUAUGGGUAAUGGAGAUUUUUGUUUUUGUAUACUUAACAUAAUGUAUCAUUUUUCUAGUCUUUCUUUCUGGCCUUUCUUCUUAUGUUUUUAUAUACUUAAUGUGAUGUAUCAUUUUCCCUGGUCUUUUUUUUAUAAUGUUUAAAAUGAGAGGGUAUGUUGAAUAACCGCUUGCUGUAAAAUAAGCUAAACAUGUAAAUUUUAUUUUAUAAUUAAGUAAUGUCAUUAUAUUGUAAUACCUCAUAGUUUGUACACUAACAUUACUAAGUUGAAAAUUAAA